AUGCCUUCAUUAGGUUCGGAUACAUUAUCGUCGAAAGAUCGUCGUCGUUUUACAAUAGAUAAAUUAUUUCAAUUAAUAACUCAAACAAAUAAUGAUGAUGAUAUUCGAUCAUUUUCUAUAUCUGUAAAUGAACAAACAAAUAAUUAUACAAAUGGUAACAGUAUGGAUAGUCAUUUAAUAGAAAAUGAUCUUCGUCAUUUAUGGGAUCUUCUAUCACAAAUGAUACGUAAAAGACUUCUUAAACAUGAACCAUGUUUAUUACCAGAACUUGGUGCUUUUGUUGUUAUUGAUCAUUCAUCAUUGGAUAAUGAAAAUAUUCUAAUAAAAGAACCAUUUUUUGUAUUAGAUACAACAUUUGCUCGUCGUCAUCGUUUAUCACGUAUUAAAAAAUCAAAUCUUUCAUCAGCAAUUUCACUUUCACUUCAAGCUAAUGGAAAAUCAACACAUAUUGAACCAAAUACAACAUUAUCAUCAUUUAAUAUGCAAACAUUAGAUUAUGUUGCAUUACAAAAUGAAUCUGGUUUAACACGUGAACAAUUAAUGACAGCUAUAUCACAAAUAUUUGGUAUUAUUGAUAAAGAAAUACAUCCAUAUAGAUAUUGUGAUUUAGAAUUUCCACAAUUGGGAUAUUUUAGAAUCUCAUUUGGAUUAGCUAUAUUUGAUUUUAAUGAUGCAUUUAUUGAUGAAUUUAAAUUAACACUUAAUACUAUUUCAACAACAAAUGACUAA